CAUCGAGGGCGUCGAGGGCCGAGUCGUCGGACGAGGUGCUGCGCGAGUGCAUCAUGCGCUGGCUCUGCAAGGUACGCGACGCGGCCUGCUGGCGAAUCUGCGGUGGUGACAAGCCCAAGAGCGUGGCCGAUGACGCAGACGAAUGCGCGUGGUUGUUGUUGCUGUUGUGGUGGUGGCUGCUGCUGUUGCUUGCGCUGUUCGGAAAUGGAUUGGGAGGCGGCGGCGCAGGUGCGGCGGCAGCGGCGGGGGUGCCCGUGCUCAUUUGAAACGCCGCACUGCCACUAUUGUUGUUAUUGGGCGCGAUCGGCGUCCGCGGCUCGUCUUCAUGAUCGGCCAUUUCUUCCUGGCCUGUCUUCUUCUUCAAGGGCACCUUGGGCGCGAGACAGGAUGCUGCGGGCGACUGGCAGUGGACCCAAUGAAAGCGGUGGGAAGAAAUGCGAGAGCGAGAGUGACAGCUGGUGGGUGUCUGUCACGAAGAAAAGGGAGACAGGUUGGUGUGCCAGCCCCCCCCGGCACGCAUGCAUCCGAGCUUAACCACGUACACGUACGAGAUCCAUCUUUGAAUUUUCCUGCUUCCCGAGGCGAGACUAGGAACGCCAAGUGUCUUCGUGGAGCCUUCUGCUGGCUGCACCGCAAUUUUGUUUGAAACCGCAUAAUGAAUGCUCUCGGCUUAAUUUCGUCAGCCAUGCGGUGCUCGGUCAAUUCG